CUGGCGUGCUGCAGUCCAUGGGGUCGCAAAGAGUCGGACACGAGUGAGCGACUGAACUGAACUGAAUUAAAGGAACAAGAGCGUUGCAGUCUCCUGUAACCAGCGCACGUGGGCGCCCAGUGUAAAAGGCGGGUAGGCUGCUUUACAGGAAGGCAGGCAAGUGAGUGAGGGAGCUGGCAGGAGCUCCCCUCCCAGACCCGGUCGAGGAGCCUCCUAGUGGUAACCUGGGCGGGGCCUGUCGGCGGAGGGGUCUCCCAGGCAGUCAGCGCAGAGGCGGAGGUCCAGGAAGCAGCUGCCGGCUAGCCGGAGAGGAUCGCGGGUUCUGACUUGGCAGCCUCGCACUCCUGCAAAAUUGGGAUCCAGGUGACAAAGGGAGAGAUGGGUGGCUCCAAGAGCAGUCUUGGCUUCCUCGUUUUGCUUCUGAUUGUGUUGUUCAGCGGGACGUCCAGCGACACUCAUUCUCUUUCCUAUAAUAUCACCAUUGAUCCUCGGCCCAGAGAUGGUCAGCCAUGGUGUGAGGUUCAAGGAGAAGUUGAUCAAAAGGUCUUUCUCUCCUAUGACUGUGGUACGGCUAAGAUCAAGUACAUGAGUCCAUUGGGAGAGGAAGUGAAAAGUAUGAACGUGUGGGAAACACAGACUGACACACUCAGAGACACUGGAGACUUGCUCAAGGAGCAGAUGCCUGACGUUACACCGGAGAAACACAUAGACAAGGUAGGGUCAGGCCCUCUGACCCUGCAGGCCAGGAUGACAUGCUGGCGAGAAGACAACGGACACACCGGUGCAUCCUGGGAGUUUGGCUUCAAUGGACAACUGUGCCUCCUUUUUGAUUCGGAGAAUGGAUACUGGACAAUGGUUCAUUCUAAAGGGAGGUGGAUGAAAGAGAAGUGGGAGAAUGACAGAGCUGUGACGGACUUCUUCAAGGUCUCCAUGGCAGACUGUCAGCGCUGGUAUCAGGAUUUCUUGCUGCGCUGGGAGAAAAUGUUGAAGACCACGGCAUCACUGACCACGGGACCCUCUACAAUGCAGCCCAUGGCCCCAGACAGCAGUUACAUCUCCUGGAUCACCACUGGGGUUCUCGCCGGUUUCGUCAUAAUGAUCAUCAUAGUAGCCUGUAUGCAUGACAAGAAGAGGAGACGGUGCUCCCAGGAAGCGCGACAGGUGCUCUGUCUGCCUUUCUCUUGCUCUUCAGCUUAGAUCCAGGAGAUCAGACCCCAUGAAUCCUGAGUCUGUUUUCUGGUUACGGUGACACAGUAGAUGCAUCAUCUCAUGGGCUUUAUCACAUUUGGGGAAAUCCCACUCAGCGUCUAAAAAAAAACAAAAAAACAAACAAAAAAAAAACCAGAAGCAAUUUAUCACCACUUCCUCCUGGUGCUAAGUGAUGGAAUUUCUACACUGAAAUGCUCAAGUCCUUGAAGAAAUCUCCACAAACAGGACAUUUGUCAUCGUAUUCUAGUUUGUGGAUAAUUAGACUCUGCCUCGUGACCUCAUUCUUGCAAAUGAUAUUGCAAGAAAAAUACCGUCUGCUGUUACAGGACUCAGGGAUUCUUUCUGUGUCUGGAGAAAUCACCUCAGCCUAUUUUCAAUAGAACAAAGUUUUAUUUAUAACUGUUUCCCUUAAUAAUUUAUCAUGCUUAGUCGCUGUGUUAGUCGCUCAGUCGUGUCCAGCUCUUUGUGACCCGGUGAUCUGUAGCCCGCCAGGCUCCUCUGUCCAUGGGAUUCUCCAGGCAAGUAUACUGAAAUGGGUUGCUGUUUCCUUCUCAGGGGA